UCCUCUGCAUCGUCAGAUCAAUCAGAUUUCUAUUUUUUUCUUUAAAAUUUAAAAAAAUAUAAAUCUCACCAAUCACUCCUCUCUCCCUCUUCCACCUCCAAAACGCGCGCAAAAUAAAAUAUAAAACGCUUGUCUCUCCUGGUACUUCUCCCUCUCUCUGUUUCUUUAUACCGUCCGAAACGUCACCGUUUUUGUCUGUAUUUCUUCAGUUUAUUUCAAAUUUAAAUUUCUUCUGCAUGCGUUUACAUAGGGAUUUGGUGAGAUGGCGGAUGCACCAACGAGUCCGGCGGGAGGGAGCCACGAGAGUGGUGGAGAGCAGAGCCCGCAUUCAGGAGUCAGAGAGCAGGACAGGUAUUUGCCCAUAGCUAACAUAAGCAGGAUCAUGAAGAAGGCCUUGCCGCCUAAUGGAAAGAUCGCCAAGGACGCUAAAGACACCGUUCAGGAAUGCGUUUCCGAGUUCAUCAGCUUCAUCACCAGCGAGGCAAGUGAUAAGUGUCAAAAGGAGAAGAGGAAGACAAUUAAUGGGGAUGAUUUGCUCUGGGCAAUGGCAACUUUGGGGUUUGAAGAUUACAUUGAGCCGCUUAAGGCAUACCUAGUGAGAUAUAGGGAGUUGGAGGGUGACACCAAGGGAACUGCUAGGGGUGGGGAUGGAUCUGCUAAAAGAGAUACAGUUGGAACUCUUGCCGGCCAAAAUGCACAGUUUGGUCUUCAGGGAUCAUUGAACUAUGCUAAUCCGCAAGUUAAUCCCCAAGCACGGGGGCAGCAUAUGAUUGUUCCUUCUAUGCACGGUAAUGAAUAAAGGGUUGUAGCUUCAAUUUUUAUGAAUUCUAGGUUGAUCAAAUUAUUUAGUUUCAACUCCAACAGCUUCUUAUAUAUUGACUUACUUUACUUGACCCAUAGUGCUAUUUAAUUUUGUGGUUGAGGGUGAUUUGGAUUAUUUUUUUUGUUUUGAUGCCCUCAUCAACAGAACAGCUCUAGUAGUCACAUAUCAAUGAUGUAAAUGUGUCUCUUUGUCUAAUUUAUGAUUGCAUGAAGCAUAUGAUAUUAUUUA